UUGGUGCUUAAAGAAGCAAGAAUUCUUGUGCUUUGGGAUAUAACUUGAGUACUUAAAGUUUUACUUUGUUGUUGAUAUUUGUUGGGUUUUGCGGGGGAAAUUUUUUCGUAAAAGCAGGUUGCCGAAAACAGGAAAGGUAGAAAAAGGAAACAAGGAUCGUUUCGAUAGUUAAGAUCUGUUGAUAAUGGGAAACGGUCUGCUGUGUUUAUUUCUGGCUGGCUAGAGACUGAAGUCAGGCCAAAGUUCUCAAAACUCUAGAAUAUCAUGGCUUUCACCAACGUGGAGAUAGAUGAUGCAUUUGACUACUUGUUCAAGAUCAUUCUGAUUGGAGACUCGAAUGUGGGAAAGACAUGUGUGGUCCAUCGUUUCAAGUCAGGACAAUACCAUACGAAGCAGCAGAACACUAUUGGGGUUGACUUUACAGUGCGUUCCCUGGAAAUCGAUGGCAAGAAGGUGAAGAUACAAGUGUGGGAUACAGCAGGCCAAGAACGCUUCCGGACAAUAACUCAAAGUUAUUAUCGCAGCGCCCAUGGUGCUAUUCUCGCCUACGAUAUAACCAGAAAAUCUACAUUUGAAUCUAUUCCUCAUUGGAUUUAUGAAAUUGAAAAAUAUGGCGCAGCAAACUUGGUCUUAAUGUUGAUUGGGAACAAAUCAGACGAAUCAGAGAAACGGCAAGUCCUGUUUGAAGAUGCUUGCACAUUGGCCGAGAAACACGGUCUUCUGGCUGUACUGGAGACUUCAGCCAAGGAGGCCCAGAAUAUUGAUGAGGUUUUUAUCUUGAUGGCUAAGGAACUGAUGGCUAGGAAUACCUUACAACUUCACGGGGAGAAUGGAUCUUCAUUCAACAUCCAUCUGGACGCUAGGCCAGUGAUGGUUUCACAGACUGAGACAUCCAACUGCUCCUGUUGAGCAAAGGCAACGUAUUCCAAUGCUCUCUUCCAUUACAAGAAUUUUCCAUGUGUGAUUCCACUGUAUCAUCCUAAUACCAUGCCAUCAUUGCUGAAUGUCGUUCUUUGGAAACAGAAGGCUUCUUGUUUCCACUGAUCAACAACAAAGACUGGAUGAAGGACUUUCUUUGGCAGACAUGAGCUGAUACAGAGAAGAUUGCCUGUGAAUACUUCUGAUAAGCCACUUUCUAUCAGCCUUUGGCUGCUUUUCACUGGUGGCUAUGAAAAAUAUGGUGGGUUUCUUGUACUGUAUACUGUUUAGUUCAGGGAUGAUAAGAGUUGUUGGUAGCGAUUGAGUCAAACUAUUAAUGGGUAAAUACAGAAUCUUUUUUUUAAAGAAAUAGAAAUCUAAGCAAGUACAAAACAAGUUCUGCAGGGUUUUUCUGCCUAUCUAAGAAAUGCCCGUUUAGUCAGUUUCCUAUCUCGGAUUACUAUAACAAUGUCUGUUUAAAUUUAUGUUUAACAAGGUAAUCUUAUUUAGUGUGUAUUUUGGCUUCCUUAACUGUUUGAUUUUGUGCAGCCCAUAGAUUACCAGGGAAUGAUUGUGAUGCUCAAGAGAUAUACUUGAAAGAGUGUAUGAAGAAUACAUGAAAUUAAAUGCUGAUUUCAGUUAUGUCAUUUUUCCCCAACAUGUGUAACAACUACUUAAGAGAUGGUUCCACAAAACAAAGACUUAUAGACCAUUCCAGAAAUAUACUGAAACUACAAGCACUAAAAUAGUGCAUUUUUAAUCAGUUACCAUAAAUAUGAUAAACUAUAUACCGUACUGGAUCUGUUUUUUUAAUAAUAGCACUUAGUAGCUUUUAAUAUUUAUCAUUUAUUUGCUAGUAUUUUUUCAGUAAGUCAAAAGUCAAUAUAACAACAUUUCAAAAUUACUGGAAGGCAUUUGUCAGCAUCACAGUAGCUUAGUGGUAAAUUUUUUACUACUUGAUUAUGAGAAAGCUGAUCUCCCUGACCAUGGUAUUAAUAAUCAAAGAACUGAGUCCUCUUUUUUUUAGGUGUUUGUGAGUUCUUUGUCUUGCAUUCCCAAGCAAAUAAUUCUAAAUUUAUUUCUUAAAGUAGAGAGACAGACUGUGAGUUUUCUAUUUUGAUUAAGUGCUUUUUCUGCUUGCCAACUUGAUAAAAAAGCUUUGGGGGAAGAAAUGAAAUAGUCACUAAAUCACCUCUCCGGAUAUGCUAGGCAGGGCAUUCUGGGACUUAUAGUCCCAAUGCAUCUGGAAGAUAUGGGUUUGGGGAAGUCCUGCCUCAGUACAGUGUUGAUGCUUUAAUCUUUGGUUUAAAGUCAAAUUCCUCAGAUUUACAUUUUUAUAAUAUAAGAAAAUUUAGUAUGUAUUUAUUGAUGUUUUAUUUCUUAUUAUCCAUGCCCAAGAGUUUGUUGCUGAAUUGCCUAGUUUUAAAGGGUAAGGUUGGUUCUCUAAUUAGCACUGAAUAUUGAUAUAUAUUUAAAAGCCUUUCCUUUUUACAUUAUUUUAAGGUAAAAUGAAGAUUCUAAUAAAUAAGGGACUUUUCCAUUAUUGCUGAAGUAAUGUAUUGUUAUGGAAAUAAACUAGACAGAAUGAAAUUCAACAUUUUUUAAAAAAAACUUAACAUGGACCAGAUACUCAAAUACAUGGUACUUGUGU